GCGAGCGCAUGCGCGGCGGCCAUGGCGGCGUGAGGGAGGGAGCGACGCCUCUGCUUUUCUCGGCCAAAAUCUCCUCCGAGCACAGACCAAGAUGGAGGACGGACUUUUGUCAUUAAAGUGGAACAACCACAAGUCCACCUUCUUCCACAUACUUAGUGAAGUGCGGGGAAAACACACCUACACAGAUGCUACGUUAGCCUGCGAGGGCAAGUUCUACCCUGUGCACAAGCUUGUGAUGUCAACGUGUAGUGACUAUUUUGCGGAAAUAUUUGAAAAGACCCCGUGUAAAAAUCCUGUGGUAGUGCUCAAAGAUAUUAAAAAGUCAGACUUAGAUGCCUUGUUAGACUACAUGUACAUAGGUGAAGUGGAUGUGAGACAGAGUGAAUUGGCGGGACUUAUCAAAGCGGCCGAGUGUCUAAGAAUUAAGGGCCUGGCAGUGCCCGAUGAGGACCCCACCAAGGCUCAGAAAAAGGGCCCCAUUAAUGUACCUGAGAGGAGGGAGGACAGUCCGCCAGCCAAGCGGAAGAGACGGGACUCGGGCGGGGAGCGUGGGAGGGCUCCCACGCCCCCAGCCCCCCGGGGCGCGUCCCAGUCCUCCUCCUCCUCGUCCUCCCACCCUGCUCCCUCAUCAUCAGUGCCUAGUCAAGCACCCCCACAACUGUCAUCUGUACCUGAGUCACAUGUGCCAUCACAGUCUAUGCCUCCUCCGGCGAGUGUGUCGCAGGAGUUGCGGCACGCGGACGGUCUUCGUGGGAGACAGGAGUCCCAACUAGGUUCGGUGAGACCUCCCCCAGACCCCUCAUCGUUGCGCUCCCCCCCAGGCGGAGGGGGUGGGGGCCAGGACCACUCCCACCCCUCCUCGGCCUCCCCACGGUCAGACUCGUCACUGUUGCCAGUCCAGAUGAUCAAGGUGGAGGUGGACGACGGGUCAGACCCCCCCGGCCCCCCCGGCUCCAAGGACCCACACCCUGAGCGAGACGAAGGCGGCAGUGAGAUGGACGGGGACGAGGAGGCCAGCAACGACUUCUCCGACUACCAAAGCCAUCCCGGGGAGAUCGAGAAGGAAGAGCACGACCAGAUGGACUAUGGUGCUGACCAGAUACCCGGGCCCUCGGGCCUCCAAGGGGGCCCACCCAUGUUAGGCUGGGGGGAAGAAGGGGAAGCCGGGUUCCCCCACAACCUCUUUGGCAGCGAUGACCCCACAGCGCAACAAGCGUGGUGCGGCGUGGUGCGCCUGCGCGAGCCCCCCCCGCUGCGCCCCCCCGGCCCGGCCAAGAAGUUCCAGUGCGACUUCUGCGGCAAGAGUUUCCAGUGGCAGAGCAACCUGCAGCUGCACGUGCGCAGCCACACGGGCGAGAAGCCGUACCCGUGCCUGCGCUGCUCGUACCGCGCCACGCAGCGCUCCGACCUCACCAAGCACAUGCGCGUGCACACGGGCGAGAAGCCGUACCCCUGCCCGCACUGCCCCUACCGCGCCGCCUACACGUCGUCCCUCAAGGACCACAUCCUGCUGCACCACCGGAGCGCCGAGCCGCCGCCGCCGCCACCGCCGCCGCCCGCGCUGCCGCACGCCGUGGGGCGCGCCGUGGCGGCGUUGGGGGGGGGGCGCCUGGUGUGCCCGCUGUGCCCGCGCUCCUUCGCGUCGGCCGCCGAGCUGGGCCGCCACACCGCCGCCGCGCACCGCCUCGACAAGCUCUACUGGUGCCAGCAGUGCCACUACCGCUCCGACUCCAAGUCGAACCUGCUGCGCCACCUGCGCACGCACACGGGCGAGAAGCGGCACGCCUGCCCCGUGUGCCCCUACCGCGCCGGCCAGCGCUCCGACCUGCGCCGCCACCUGCGCGUGCACGCCCUCCGCCGCGCCCACAACGCCCUUCAGUGCCGCCUCUGCGACUUCACAACGCCCACGCCCGUGGCCUUCGCGCUGCACAUCCUGGAGGCACACUCCAAGGGCGGCGCCCACGACCCGCUGAGGACCACGUCUGCAUCUUUCACUUUGUUCCUUUCCCGACCACGAUCGGCCUUUGCGGGGAUGUGCGGCGCCCGGUUGCCCGAAGCCCGGAUUGCUGGCAGCGAAAAGGAGGCCCGGGCCUUCGGCCGGAAGAGGGCAGCGGCCGAGGCCUCUAGAGUAAGCAGUUUUGAAGAUGAAAUGUAUAAACCCCCGAGGGCCAGAGGGAGGAGCCGGGGGGGCGAAGGCACCCUCGCAGAGCUGGUCCCUCAGGCGUGGAAAGGCCUUCGGCGUAUGCGCCUGUUCUUGCCUUCGUUGUCUCGUUGCCAGCGCUCACGCAUGAAAGCUGCGCACUUGGCCUCCACGAGGGUCGGGGGCCAAACCCAGGGAGGGCUCGGGCGCCUGGACGGAGGCCGGGAGGCCCGUGGACGUGGCGUUGGGCUGCGGGCGGGGUUUCAUCCGUCCCGUUGUUCUUUCGUCGUGGGUGACGGCGUCGCGGUCCCUUGCAUUGACGGCGCCAACGUUUAUGCAGAUGAGCUCGUGGACAUCCUAUUUGACGAAAGGGCCAGGCGCGCGGAGGGAGAGUUUUGGGGGGAGGAGAGCUCUGGGCGGACGCACGAGAGCUUCGGAAACGGGGCUUGUGAGGCUGAGGCAUUGCAGAGGCAGUAUGACGAGGCCGACCUCGAGGCCCGGGCGCCGGGCGACGGCCUGUACGGCGAGGCAGCGGCGGCGGCGGCGGCGGCAGCAGCAGCAGCGGCGGCAGCAGCAGGGCAUGGCGGCGUCGGUGGCGCCCUGGACGGCUUCCCGGCGGGCAUUACCUCGCAGGCCUUACUGUGCCCACACUGCGGCCGCGGCUACACCCACCGAUCCACGCUGCGGCGGCACCUCCUGUCCCACACGGCCGACAAGCCGUACGCGUGCGGCAUGUGCGGCUACCGCGCCAUCCAGCGCUCGGACGUGACGCGCCACAUGCGCACGCACACGGGCGAGAAGCCGUACCCGUGCCCGCACUGCCGCCACCGCGCCUCGCAGUCCGGCGACCUCGACCGCCACAUCGUCGCCGUGCACUCCGACCUGUGCUUGGAGUGCCGCGUGUGCCCCCACCGCGCGCCCACAGAGGCCAGCAUGGUCAUGCACAUGAGGAAGAAGCACCUGCAGCUCCUUCAGCAGACGGACCCCCCCCUCUUCCUGCCCAACGCCUCGGCCUCCACCCCCAGCGGUAGUGCCCAGGUGGCCCCCCCUCCACCUGGCGUCGCCCGGCCGUGCCCCUUCUGCGGAAAGUCCUUCCGGCGCAGCGACCACCUCCGCAGCCACAUCCGCACACACACCGGCGAGAAGCCCUUCGCGUGCCCCGUGUGCCCGUAUCGCGCGGCGCAGAAGAUAACCAUGGACCGCCACGUUCGCAGGCACCAUAUUCAGCAGCAGCAGCAGCAGUUGCAACAGCAGCAGCAGCAGCAACAGCAGUUGCAGCAGCAAGACUAAAAGCGGAACGCGUGGCCUGGGCGGGCGCGAGGUGGGCGUGGGCGCCUUCUCGCUGACGCGGGCGCUGCGCAACGCCUCCAACAGCGACGACGGCCUGGGCAUCGUGGGCUCGGCGCUGCACCUGGCCGCGG